AUGAUGAGGAAGGAAGCUUACGAGACCGUGCCUCAAUUAAUCACUGCAGCGGGCUACCCGGCAGAGCGGCACCGCGCCACAACGCCUGACGGAUACGUGCUGCAAAUGCACAGGAUACCGGCGGGCAGGCGCACGUCCAGGCGCUCGGGCCCCAGCGGAAAGGGCAAGAAGGUGGUGCUGCUAGUGCACGGACUCAUAGGCAGCAGCGCAGACUUCGUUAUUAUGGGACCGGACCGAAGCCUCGGAUAUAUCCUAGCUGACGCCGGUUACGACGUGUGGAUUGGAAACCUGCGAGGCAACUAUUACACCAGUCAUCAGAACCUAACCAGGUCUGAUCCGAAGUUUUGGGAAUACAGUUUUCACGAACAUGGCAAGUACGACGUACCCGCUCAAAUAGACAAAGUUUUAAGCGUCACAGGAAACUCCAAGCUCCUUUACGUAGGCUACUCCAUGGGUUCAACCAGCUUUUUCAUCAUGAUGUCAGAGCGACCUGAGUACAAUGAGAAAGUGGUGGCCUUCAUCGGGCUGGCGCCUGCCGUGUAUUUGAACCAGAUUAAGCCGCUGGCCGAGAAUACGUUGAAAGAUUUAAAUAUUGUGAACACCCUGCGCUCGCAAGGCAUGCUAUCGCUGGCUUUCAGACCCGAACUUAUCGACUUCGUGGUCAGCACCAUGUGUCGGGUGAAGCAACCGGAGGGAGAAAUGUGUAUGCGACUGGCCUUCCCCUUUGUCGGCGAGGAUUAUGAGCAAAUUGACUGGGAUAUAAUGAUGCCUGUGAUAGUAGUGAGAAUCCAGCCUGCGUCGUGGAGACAGUUGGAACAUUUUGGCAAAAUUGCUAUUACUGGUGUUUUCACCUCUUGGGAGGACGGUCUGUUCGGUGCUGUAAAACCGUAUAACCUCUCAAAUGUCAAAGUACCUGUCACACUGCUGUAUGGUGAGAACGAUCAGUUGACAGAAAAAUCGCAAAUAAUGCGCCUUGCCAAAGAGCUACGGAAAACCGGCAUGCUGGAGGAGAUCCGGCCAGGAUGCAACUGGCCCAAGUUUAACCAUCUAGACUUCGUGUACGCCAAGGAUCUCGGCAAUCUGCUCAAUCGGCCACUCGUCAAGCACGUUGACAAGAUGUUUAAUAAAUAUGGAUAG